AUGAUCGAAGAUUCGAAAUCCAAGCCUCAAAAAGUUAUGUCUACCACUCUGGAAGAUACACCGAUGCCCUCGGAUUUAGGCUGGGCAUGGCUCCCGAACCUCCUUCUGGAUUCGAUACUAGAAAAGCUGAUACCAAUCUCUGACCAUAUCCGGUUUAGCGCGGUCUGCAAGCAUUGGAAAUCAUUAGCUUUGCAUCACAAGCAGCAGCGCGUCAAAUCACAUCACAACCAGCUCCCUAUGCUCAUGAUUCCUACCAAACACAACAGCGGCGGAAGGCGUGGCUUGUAUGGUGUCACGCAACGGAAGCCUUACAACUUUGAGUUGUAUGUGCCGUACAAGAAGAGGUGUUGCGGUUCUUCCCAUGGUUGGCUGGCUUGUGCGGAUGACAAUUUGGCAAUAACGCUCUUAAACCCCUUCACCGGACGUACCAUUCGCCUUCCACCAGUCACGGAAGUCCCACCGCAGGCAGAAACAUUCAAAUGUGAGUACUACAUUAACAAAGUUGUAUUAUCCGCUGACCCUUGUUUGUUUCCAAAUGAUUAUGAAGUUCUGGUACUCUAUGAUCAUGCUGGACACAAAAUAGCCCAUUUGAAGUCGGGGGAUGACGGUUGGAGUCACAUAGUCAUACGUACUGUGAUCGGAUUUUGCGAUUUAAUUUACCAUGAAGGCCGGUUUCUGGUUGUUAGUUAUGACGGUCUGGUUUUUUCGAUUGACACCAGCAGUGGCUCGACUGCUAAACCCGAUAUAAUCCUAGUUGUAAAACAUGCUCCACAAGGAGGAGCAACCCUUGUCGAAUCGUCCAGUGGAGAACUAUUGCUCAUCCGGAAGCUUGAUGUGUUUGAUUUUUGGUUUGGUAAGAUGACUCAGAGCUUCAAGGUUUAUAGGGUGGAAUGUGCUUGCGGGGAUAGACCAGAACAAGUGGAGGAGAUUGAGAGUAUUGGAAAUGAUGCUUUGUUUUUGGAUUACAAUGCAUCCAUGCGUGUGUCUGCUUUAGAUUUCCCUGGAUGUCAGCCGAACUGCAUAUACUUCGUCGCUGAUGACUGGACAGGUCAUCUUAAUGAAGAACCUCAAGGGCCUCUUCACAUGGGUGCCUUCAACUUGGAAAACAGAAGAACAGAAACGCACCAGUACUGCAUUGAUCGUCCAAAGGGGAACAGGACACCAUCGAUCUGGAUCUUGCCCACCAUUGUGUGA